AUGGCGGCAAUUAUUUCUUCCCACGAGAAAAGUCCUGAACAUUUGCAGAACUAUCAAAAGUGGAAAGAACUACAUCAGCGAUUACAGAGGGAUAGUACAAUAGAUGCAGAAAUUUUGCGCAAGAUGAAGAAUGAAGAAAAGUAUUGGCAGCAAAUACUAAAGCGUUUAAUAGCAUUAGUGAGAGUUUUGGGUGAACAGAAUCUAGCUUUUCGCGGUACAAAUGAAACAUUGUACAGUGCCAAUAACGGGAAUUUUUUAAAAUUUGUGCAAUACUUAGCCAUUUUUGAUCCAUUAAUGAUCGAACAUCUACAAAAGAUAUCAAAUAAAGAGCUUCAUACACACUAUCUUGGCAAAGAUAUACAAAAUGAACUUAUUCAACUGUUAGGAAAUGCUAUUAAGAAAGAAAUCAUACAAACAGCAAAUGCAAUGAAAUAUUUUUCAAUAGUUCUCGAUGGUACUCCUGACUGUAGCCAUGUUGAGCAAAUGACAAUAAUUAUUCGUUUUGUUAAAGUUGAUUCAUUGAAAAAGGAGUUUAGUAUCAAAGAACAUUUUUUAGGCUUUGUACCUUUAAAGAAAACAACUGGAGCCUAUAUGGCAGAAACGAUAAUACAAUAA